AGCUAUCCAUCGCAACAGCAAUCGCAACAGUCAUCGCACUCCUGCCGACCCCACAAACAAUACCUGUAUUACGUGUUGAGAGAACAGCCCAUCUGGCGAUCCCUUCGCUUCUGGAACGCGGCCUUCUUUGACGCCCUGCAGACCGAGCGCUCCAAUAGACCCACUCCUACACAGCGACAACUCAACCAAUACAACAAACAAGACAUCACCGAUGAGAACCAGUUUCAACAGAACAUCACUUUCGGACAGUUAGGAGCAUUCACACAUAAUAUGCAUUCAUUUGGUUUACCCAAAGAGUUAUGUAACGAAUUCCUGCGAAAGCAGAGCACUAUUGCAAACCUACCCCCAGAACAAAUAUCGAUACUCCGGGAAAACAUUGAAUUCAUGUAUUGUCACUGAUAUUAACGUUUGAAGACAAUGAAUGACAACCUUCUUAUAUAAUACUCUAAUAGUAGUCUCUAAUCCCAUGUUAAGUAGACUAUAGGCUUAAUAAUGGAUAUUCUUUGUUAUGAAUCUCUAUAUUCAUAGAUAUUUAUACGAAUAGAGUAUAUAUUUAUGAUAUAAUUGUAAUGAACA